AUGGCACCUGUGGGCAAGCUCUAUUGUGUUCCUACUAUGCGUCAGACCAAGACGAUCAGGAGCGUCUGUGCACUGGCAGGUCUUGAACUCGAGAUACCCGAGUACAAGCACUUUUCGGACAAUCAGCAGCCAGAAUUUCUUGCGAAGUUCCCUCAUGGAAAGAUCCCCGCCUUUGAGGGCGCAAAUGGCCUCAACCUCACAGAGGGUGCCUCGAUUGCACGUUAUCUUGCCGACCUUGCUCCCAACUCUGGCCUUCUCGGCUCGACACCAGAGGAUGCCGCACUCGUAGACCAAUGGGUGCACUUUGCUGAAUCAGAAAUUGCCGUGCAAACUCAGACGGUUCUGGGGAUGCUUAGCAACUCCACUCCUUACAGCAAAGGCAUUCACACCUUCCUCGCUGAGCGUCAAAUGCGCAGCCUCAUUACCCUGGAAACUCAUCUGAGCACCCGUACCUUCCUCGUUGGCGAACGCAUCACCCUGGCUGACAUCACUGUUGCGUCCAUUCUGCAGCGCACUGUUACCGUCACCGCAGAUGCCGCUGUGCGCGCUAAACUCAUUAACACUGUUCGCUUCUUGGAGACUAUUGUACAUCAGCCCAAAUUAGAGGCUAUCUUCGGCCCUACUGAAUACAUCGAGAAGGCGCUGCAGUACGUCCCUCCCAAAAAGGAGAAGGCACCCACUGCCCCAGCCGCACCAAAAUAG